UUCAAGAUCAAUCAAUCGCCGGAGUAAAACCGAGAAUAAACACUAAUCAGUAGAAGUACGACUGGACACAGUGAAGUCACGAACGGCGAUUUUAUCAUGUCCUCCCACGAAUAUCCGAAAAACGUAGCUGUGAUAGGAGCCGGCGUCGCGGGUCUGGUGGCGGCGCGUCACCUCUCCGAUCCUGCCUGCCCCUGCAAGCUAACCCUUUUUGAACAGACGAACUCCCUGGGCGGCACCUGGGUUUACUCGGACAUGAUCGGUGAGGACGAAUACGGACUUCCUGUACACUCUAGUAUGUACAAGAGUCUCAGGACGAAUCUACCGAAGGAGGUGAUGAUGUUCCCGGAUUUUCCCCACGCGAAUAAACAAGGGGUGUCCUACCUUACUGCGAAAGAGGUUCUACAGUAUCUGAAUGAUUACGCGGAUCAUUUUAACAUAAAACCCAACAUAAAGUUUCGUCAUUACGUGAAGCAAAUAAGCCCGCUCGGCUCCCAGUGGAAAAUUGAAGUUAAAGACGUCGAGAAAAACACCGAACACGUUUACGUUUUCGACGCAGUUAUCAUAGCUAAUGGGCACAACAGCAAACCACGUUACCCAAGAGUAAACGGAUUGGAACAUUUCAAAGGGAAUCAAGUCCACAGCCACAACUACAGAGAUGCCGUUCAGUUCCGAGACCGAAAAGUUCUCAUAAUCGGCGCUGGUCCGUCCGGCCUCGAUUUGACUUUUGAGAUCUCGUCCGUAACCGACAACAUCGUAUUAAGCCAUCACACAGACUACGCUGCGAAAGUCGGCUUCCCAUCUAAAGUCGUCCUGAAGCCCGACAUCAACAGGAUAAACAGAGACGGUAGAGUUCUAUUCAAAGACGGAACUGCCAUGGAUUUCGACGAUAUCGUUUUUGCAACGGGAUAUUUGUACACGUAUCCGUUCCUGUCGAAAGAAUGUGGAAUCGAAGUGGAAGACAAUUACGUCUCCCCCUUGUACAAGAGCAUCAUCAAUAUCAACCACCCGACGAUGGGUAUGUUGGCCGUUUUAAAGCACACUCCUACAUUUUACAUGGUCGAUAUACAGGUAAGGUUUUUUAUCAAGUGUCUUCUCCAUCCGGAGCUUUUGCCAAAUAAAAAACAAAUGCUCGCUGAGCUGAAAGCUUUCGAAGAGAGAAAAAUAAUGGAAGGAGUUCGUAAAUGUGACUUUCACAUGCUUGGCGAAGACAAUCAACUUUACAUGGACGACCUGUUUAAAAUCGCCGGCAUACCCCCGAUACCCCCGAUACUCCUCAGGAUGUACUUUCAUGGAUACAACGCGAUAUUUUCCGAUUUCAAGUCCUUCCGUCACAACUUCUACCAUAUCAUCGAUCAGGAGAAUUUCACCGUGGUCGAUCUUAGGGAAAUUAUGACGCAACCCCUUGAAAAACUUCACUCCAACCCGUCUGCUUGUUGCGGAACUCUAGUACCAAAACACAACGCAUAGAGUGGAAUAGUAAUACUUAGACUGUCAAAUAAUAUAACUAGCUUCAAGCAAAAUUUGUACAAAUUUAUUGGUAUUAAUGAGAUAAGAGAGUGAGAGCGAGAAAAAAUGUGUGAGUGAGAGAUGAUAAUAUGCUUUAUUUAAUCAUGCUUUUUACCACUUAAUGUGGAGAUCAAGUGUGUGUUUUUUAUUCAAAAUGACAGUUUGCAUUGUAAUAUAUUUAAUGUGAUGUAAUUAAAAAUUAAUGUUUUACAUGUAAUCUUUUACUUGAAAAUCUCCAAAAUUUAUGUUUUAAAAAUGAACACAAUUAAAACGGCUGAAUAGUUUUGAUUGUUUCAACAGCUAACUAGUUUGUACGUAACUUUACUUUAUUAUUUAAAACUACUUUAAUUUAUGGAUUGUAAAUCAAUUAUGUCAACUUAAAAUGUAAAGAAUAAAAUAAAUAUUAUUUUUUUAUUAUUACAGGA